AUGUGGCCAUCAUCAUCCUCUUCUGUUGUCUCUUCCUCCUCAUCUGUAUCUGUGUCAGACUGGCCAUCAUAUUCACAGUCGCCAUCCGAGUCGAAAUGCACCUCCGGCGAGCGCCAGAUCGAAAAGUUCAGGUUCUGGCGGGAUAGGCUGGGGGUGUUGAAGCAGGCCUUCGACGAGACGACCCCAGGCUCGAUGUCGCAGUGGUGGCACGAUCGUCGCAACGGGCCGCGGUGGUUUACCUUCUGGGUCGCCGGUGUUGCGCUGAUAUUUGCCCUACCAGCACUGUUCCCGACAAUGGUGCAGGCAGUCGAAGGUGCUCUUCAGGUGUACCUGGCCUACCACCCUAAAUGA